AAGCCGGGUUAUUCCCAGCACACAACAAAGCAAACGGCUCCCUCAUCACACCCAACUCUUUCAGUUAGCUUGGUUUUUGCCUUUCAAUUUAUUAUUUCUGAUAUCGAACGAAAGGAAUAAAAAAGGAAAUAUAAUUAUGGCCUUGAAGGAAAGAAUCGGAGUGAAGAAGGCGAAUCACAACAGAUCGAUUAUCGAUGGCGGCAAAGAGAUGCAUUACCGGGGAGUAAGGAAGAGGCCAUGGGGGCGCUACGCCGCUGAAAUCAGAGACCCGACCAAGAAGAGCCGGGUCUGGCUCGGCACCUUUGACACCGCCGAGGAGGCUGCCAAAGCCUACGAUUCCGCCGCCAGGGAGUUCCGCGGCGCCAAGGCCAAGACCAACUUCCCCCUCCCUUCCUCUCCCUCAGUCGAUCGCAGCCCUAGCCAGAGCAGCACCGUUGAGUCCUCCGGCAACGACUGCACAGACCGUGAUUCCACGCGCCGCCUUGGUAGCGGCGCUGUGUUCCCGUUUCUUCAGCAGGAGCAGGUGGUGGCCCCGCCUGCUCCACCGCCGCACCAUGUGGUGGCAGCUUACAGGGGAGUGCCAGCUGGAGGGUUUAUUCCCACGCGCCCCGUGUUGUUUUUCGACGCGCUUAGUAGGGGAGAGUUCGUGUCCCCGGUCUACCCUGUUCGUUUUGACCCGGGUACCGUUGAGUUCGGGUCUGGAGGUGGGGCCCAGGCUCAGAGCGAGUCUGAUUCGUCGUCCGGGGUCGAAGGGCAGCCCAGAAAAGUUCUCGAUCUUGAUCUUAACCUUGCUCCUCCUGGGGAAGCAUAUUAGAAAGAACCAAAAAAAAAAAAAUCUAACAAUUUUUGUAAUAACUAAACACCACAAAAGUUUUUUUUCCCUCUUUGUUGGGUUUAAAUCUGUUAUUUAACUUUUAGUUUGUAAAUUAUGUGCCUUUCGAGAAUUCAAAGAGGUUAGCAAAGAGGAGUGAUGAAGUUUUAAUGGCUUCUGUCAUGGAUGUAAAUUUGAUUCAGCUUUCGUAUAUUUCCCUUUUUAGCCUGAUAAUGAAGAAAAUUCAGUUUAUUUCUA